CUGAUCUGAUCGUUCUUUUCAGUGCACACUCAAGCGUUUGGUUCACUUGUAACUUUGUGGAAGUGAAAUUAUCAAGACAGUGACACACAGUAACCAAAAGGACCAUUGUUUUACAUCUUUCAAAAUAUUUUUGAACCGUACUUUUUAUAUUCGGAAAUAGCUUUUAGCCUGAAAAUAUAAAUACAUUAACAAAUAACAGACUUCGCUGAUACUUAAUCAAAUCCUAAUACUUUUUAUUUGGUUGUUUCCUUAUGUCCCGCAAAUCCAGUGACCAUGAAUAUAACCUUCGAAGCUUAAGCAAUCUGAUGGGGGAGAGAAGGAAGAAACUGAACGAUGGUACUGGAGAGCGAAGCCUCAUCAAGGCUGCCUCCAGCUCCAGCAUCAACAGCCAGGCUACAGCCACCGCCGCUUCCACUGGGGACCUGGAAAGGGCAGCCCGCAAGCAAUUUCAGGAAGAUGUCACCCCGAGUUUCGUGUACGUCCUGGCGAGUUUCUCUGCGCUGGGUGGCUUUCUGUUCGGCUAUGACACCGGGGUAGUAUCGGGAGUGAUGCUCCUGCUCAAGAGAGAAAUGAAUUUGAGUGCGCUGUGGCAGGAGCUCUUGGUUUCCAGCACGGUCGGCGCAGCGGCGCUGUCAGCCCUGGCUGGCGGGGUGUUGAACGGGUUUUGGGGGCGCAGACCGUGUAUCUUACUGGCCAGCUUUCUGUGCUCAGUUGGGGCGGUAAUGCUAAGCGUUGCUCCAAGUAAAGAGAUUCUGCUCGUAGGACGCGUUGUGGUUGGACUUGGAAUAGGUGUUGCUUCCAUGACGGUACCAGUAUACAUCGCAGAGUCUGCCCCCCCUCAUUUAAGAGGAAGAUUAGUUACUAUCAGCACACUCUUCAUCACUGGAGGGCAGUUAUUUGCGAGUGUCAUUGAUGGGGCCUUCAGUUAUCUUCCUAAGGAUGGAUGGAGAUACAUGCUGGGCCUUUCUCUUUUCCCAGCGGUUCUUCAGUUCUUUGGGUUCCUGUUUCUUCCAGAAAGUCCUCGUUGGCUAAUCCAAAAAGGCAAGACACAAAAAGCUCGACGGGUUCUCAGUCGGAUCCGUGGCAAUCAAAACAUUGACGAGGAGUAUGACAGCAUCAAAACCAGCCUUGAGGAUGAGGAGAGAGAGUCUGGAGGAGAUGGGCCAGUCAUCUGGAGGAUGCUGACCUAUCCCCCAACUCGGAGAGCUCUCAUCGUGGGCUGUGGAUUGCAGAUGUUUCAGCAGCUGUCUGGCGUCAACACAGUCAUGUACUACAGUGCUACCAUCCUGCAGAUGUCAGGGGUUAAAGAUGAUAAAAUGGCAAUCUGGCUAGCAGCAGUAACAGCAUUCACAAACUUCACUUUCACUCUGCUUGGUGUUUGGUUGGUGGAAAAAGUGGGCCGCAGAAAACUGUCCCUUGGCAGUAUAGCAGGUACAGCUCUGAGCCUGUUUGUUCUAGCCAUUGGGUUUUUGGUGUCUGCCCAACACUCCCCACCCAUCACCAUCCAUCCAGCAGACCCCUCAACUCUCAAUAACACCUGUACAACAUACGGAUUCUGCAAUGACUGUAUGCUGAAUCCAGACUGUGGGUUCUGUUACCGGCUGAAUGGCUCCUCUGUAGUUGACUCUUCCUGUGAUCAUGUCAAUAAGGCAUCUACAGGAGAAGCCGCCUGGGGCAGGUGUUCAAAUGAAACAGCUAUGGCAGAUGGAACAUUUUGGGCUUACAAUUACUGUCCCACUUCCUACUCCUGGACUGUACUUGUGGGUCUUAUUAUGUACCUUAUAUUUUUUGCACCAGGAAUGGGAACUAUGCCUUGGACAGUAAAUUCUGAGAUAUACCCACUUUGGGCCAGAAGUACAGGGAAUGCCUGUUCAUCAGGAGUGAACUGGAUGUUCAAUGUUCUGGUUUCGCUGACAUUCCUCCAUGUGACGGAAUACCUGACCUACUAUGGUGCUUUCUUCCUUUAUUCAGGACUUGCAGCCUUGGGGUUCCUUUUCAUCUUUGGAUGCCUUCCAGAGACAAAAGGAAAGAAACUGGAGGAAAUUGAAUCAUUAUUUGAAAACCAGCUUUGUACAUGUGGUGUUUCAGAUGAAGGCAGACAUGUUGAAUAUAUUCGGGUGAAAGGAAGCAAUUACCAUCUUUCUGACAAUGAUGCCUCUGAUGUAGAAUAAUUUAUGCUGCAGCUUUUAGUCAUUUAGUAAUAAUGGCCUUCUGGGGAUAAGCAGUUACUGGUGACCUCUGUACCCUGCUUCUGGUCUGUUUCUGAAUUGUGUUAUCUUCAUUAAUAUUCUGGUUUGCUCAUGUAUUUGAUGGAAAAAUAUGUUCAUUAAAUCUAUCAAGCUAUUCUUCAGCUAUGAAACCCAAAUGAUUUAUAUCCUCAAUUACUGUUAACGGAGCAUUCUGUUGUGCAAUCAUUAAACAUUACAAACAAUAUCUGGAAAUGAAUAGCAGUCCUUGUUUUUAAUUCCUUCAUCCUCUUACCAAUUUUAAAACAAUGAGAACAUAUGGACGUGGAACUAGAAAUUGUCAAUACUCAAUACAAAUACUCUUUUUUCUAUUUACUACAAUGCUUUUAUGCUGCCUUAAGGACUAUUCACACAAUAGCUUUUAUUCGCUGCGUUUUUAUGGCCGACGUUUCACUAUUUUUGUAUUCAGACUUGCGCGUCAAAUAUCACAGGCAAGAUGGGGGAACGUCUGAUUAUAGCAGAGCAGAAUAUCUUGGUUGUGAUAAGCAGUACAAGAAAUAUCUACGUAAAGAAUACAAACAGAUAAUAUGAGGAAAUCGGAAAGUAAGCACUAUUGGUAUGUUAAAAAAACUCCCCUAGGGUUUCCCAUUGCUCAUUAUAGGGUGAAUCCACAUUCUUCUCUUUCUUUCUCUUCUUCAGAGCAAUAAUCAUGCAGCAGCUUGCACCCGAUCCAUAUUGCCUUCAGAUUACAUCUAAAUUUAGCAGGACAGGGUGGUGAUCGCGGUAGUUUUCGUCCAAAAAUCGAACCUGUUUCAAGUAUGAAAGGUAGUAUUGAAUUCCAUAGGUUCAAUUUUUUUACCAUAGAAAAUCCACUGAAUACAUGCAUGUGUGAAUAGCCCUUAACACACAUUUACGGUUGUUGGCAUAUUUCCUCCUCAACGGUGCUUCAACUUCAUUUUUCAACUCUUUCUAAUCUCAAUAUUUUAUUGGGAUAAAUCAGAAGUGUAGAAUUAUAGAGUCUGAAUAUAGCUCUGCUAUAUAGAUACAUGUGCUAACAUGCACAUUUGACAAUUGUGUUCAUUAUAUAGUACUAGUACACUCUGAAAUGAACAUGAAAUUAACCUAUAUUUCAGUAAACUUUAGUAAAAUUAAUAUUAAAAUUAAUAUUAAAAUUUAAUAUUUAUAUUACAUAAUUUUUAAAAAAUGUGAUCAUGAAAGUUCUAAUACACUGUCAUUCAACAUUGCAUUUCAUAUUACUUUAUACACAAGGGAAGAUAUUCUCCAGACCAGAAGCAGACUUUUUCUACAGAACACAUUUUAUGUUUAAAAGUUUUUUUUUAAUUGCAGAUAAAACGUUUACAGUUUACACAGUUCUGAAGCAUAUGAAAUUGCAUACUAACCUUAACCUUUUUUAAGCAAAAGGGUAGUUAUACGGUUUUGUGGAAAUAUUGUUUUCUGUCUUCCUCUGUAGCCUUGUGUACACAACAUGGGUACGAAUAUCUAUUCCCCAAGUGGCAGUUGAUACAUUUGUUUUAAAUGUUAAAAGUACUUUGAAAAUGUUGUUUUUAAAAUAAUGAAAUGCAAAUGCUGCAUUAGCUGGUAUAAAACUGUAAACACCUUAAUAGUCAGUUUUCAUAGAUUUAAGUGUCAAAAUAAGUUUUUAAAGCUGGCUUCUGGCACCUAAAAGGAUUGAAAAUAAGUUAUGUGCAUUGUUUGUGACCUAAAGAAAACAACUGCUAAUAAUAUCAAUGGUAUGUUCAAUGGUGAACAUGUUUUCUUCAACAGAACUUCUAUUUAAAGGUUGCUGUGCUGUUUUGUGCCAAAUUAUUUGUAGGUGUUUACCCAAAGUCUGAUGUAAUACACAUUCUGUCAAGGUUUCUUUUUUAUUUCUAUAGUUCACUACAGGAAUUGGACACUUGUGCCAUUACAUGAUUAUUUAAUGAUAUUAAAAUGUGUGUAUAUCUUAUUUUUAAAGUUAAUGUAGGCUUGGUUAUAGGGGGAUUCUACAUUGUGUUCUUAAAGAUGUAUUAUGUAUUAUGAACAAGAUUUUUAAAGCACAUUUUUGCUAGGUGUUGCCAAGAUUAAUAUAGUUUUAUAGAUUAUGUAAGAGAAUGACAACUGGUAGCCUUCCAUUCCAGUACAAACUUGUUUUAUUAUUAACAGCACCAUCUACCCAAUUAGUAUGAUUGGAAAACCUACUUUACAUUUGAUACUAAAUUAUGCAGACUACCAAGUUACAUCUUUGGCAUGUUGAAAUUAGCAUGUAUUACCAGUACCCAAUCAGAAUACAAACAGACUAGUAAAUAUGAAUAUAAUAAACUUGAAACUGUGUACAGUUAUAAAACAGUCUAAAUGUUUAUUCAACCAGAAUUAGGUUCCCUAAACAUAUCAGAAAUUAAAAUCUUGGCAAUCCUGAAUGAAUGUUUAUUUUUGUGGGCUUUUUUAUCGUUAUUCAUGGAAUCUGGAAAUUGUAUUUCUAAAUAGUGAACAGAUGCAAUUUUCCUAUGUGAAACAAAUGUAACUGAAAAAGUGUUUGUACAGUUUAUGUAAUUUUAGUGCUGUAUAGUUAAUUUGGUUCUUGUUGCUGUACAUGUUUUAUUAGAGUUGUAUCUUUAUAUAUAAACUACAUAUAUUCAUUAAAUGCAAUCACUUGAAUAUGUAAAUGGGAAAUAAAUGUAAGCUAAUU